AUAUCACACCUGUCGACACAGGUACAUGUUUACACACUGACCUGCUGCUGUUAGGAUUAUAUAGUAUACACAGAUUUACCAAAUCAUGCCAACCUUUGCCGACUAUAGGGCACACAUAUUUGCCGUGAUUGCCAGCAGUUUAAUCACAUUUGUGUCAUCUCAAACCUGCAGUGUUACGGAUCCCAAUGUGUUGCCUUCGACAUUAGACCUCACUGUAUUUUCAUCGCCUGGCUACAAUGGCGGCACAGGAACAUACAGCGCAAACAUGGACUGUUUCUGGCUAAUAGACGCUGGAGCGGCUGACCUGCAAUUACUGAUGUUUAUGACUUACGACACAUCAUGUCCAGGCGAUAAGAUAUAUAUUUACGAUGGUAACGCCAACACAGACACGGCAUUGGCUAAUGGUGUUUGUGGAACUCCGUCCGCUCCAACACCAUAUUCUACCACUCAGCGUUACGCACGCGUGGAAAUGGUCUCUGAUAAUUCCAUCCAGAAGGCGGGCUUUCAAAUUGACGUCAUAGCUACUAAAGACAAUUCAGGAACGGGAUGUACAGCCACACAGUCCAUCACAGCCACGAGCUCAUAUCAGAUGCUGACCAGUCCUAAUUUCCCUGACAAGUACCCUAGUAACAGUGAUUGUCGUUGGGCACUAAUCAGUCCGGACGGGUACCUGGAAAUAGACGUUAUUGUUAGUGAUGUGGAGGACGACGAUCCAUCAUCCUGUGAUUAUGACAAAUACUUAAUAUACGAUGGCGCUAACAAAUGCGAUAAUAACAAUAUAAGGAUGAUAUGCUCUGAGUACCCCAAAGUUACAUCGUACAGUCUUAACUCCACGGAAUCAACAGCGACUGUAACACUCGAAAGUGAUGGCUCCGUCAACAGACGUGGCUUUCUGUUACGCUUCCGAUCUAUUUCAAUACCAACAACGACACCCAUUACCACAACGACUGUCACUACCACCACCCCUACAACCACAACAGCUUUCAUCGCCGCUGUCAGCUCCACAACUGCACGCAAUGAAAAAGGCCAACUUUUGGAAAUGAAUAUGGAGCUACUCGUUGGAAUCGUAUUUGGUUCCCUUCUGUUGAUAGCAUUCACGAUUGUGACUGUUGUUGUUGUGGUGAAGAAAGUUUCCAUUCCACACGAGAAAACAAUAACACCGGUUCAGCCGUACAGACCGAGACCACAACCUGAGAUGCAGGCAAGGCCAAGACGAUCAAAUGGCAGCACAAAACGACCAUCUCUACCUAACGGACAUAAGACGCAGGCGACGGGCUUAGGGACAACACGCACCGUCACUGCCUGGUGACGUCAUUAAUUGAACACGUUAUUGUGACGUGCUUCAUGCACAAGUGUGUCAU